AUAACCUCUAUGAUAUUCUGUGUGUGUAUUUCGUUGAAAUUAUUAAAAAUAAUAUUUUAUUAAUAAGAAUUGUUUCAGUGAUAUAAUUCAAAUUUCUUUCAUCUAAACAUUGGUAUAUCGUAAUGACUGUAUCGUCGAAUACUGGUGCUGAAGAAGAAAUUGAAGAUCCUGUUGAGCGAAUGUUAAAGAAAACCGGUUGCAUAGAAUUACAUUAUCAAAUUCAAGAGUGUAUAGCAGAACAUCAGGAUUGGAGAAAGUGUCAAAAUGAAGUAAAAAAGUUUAAGGAAUGCAUGGAUAAACACACAAAGCAGCAAGAACAAAGACAUUAAUAAUACUUUGAUUGAAAAAAAUUAUAAAAAGAUGAGGUCAACGAUAAGUAAAUAUA